AGUGUUUGCACCAGGUAUGCUGAUGAUCCAUCCAGCUGCUUGUCUGUAAUCCUGCUAAGCAACACACACAUGGACCCAAACGCGUGACCUCUUUGGUGGAGGUAAAUUAUAUGUAGGCCAUGUCUAGGCUGGCGGUGGUGUGUGGGGGCUCCAGGGGCAUUGGGAAGGCCGUGUCCCGCCUGCUGGCAGAGAGGGGCUGCAGGCUGGCUGUUGUCUCCAGGAAUGAAGAUGCUGCCCAGGCUACAGUGGCAUCGCUACAUGGAGCUGACCAUCUGGCUUUUAGCUGCGAUGUUUCCAAAGUGCAGGAGGUGCAGCAGACCUUUGACACUAUCUAUAAAACAUGUGGAAACGUUUCUUAUCUUGUGAAUGCAGCUGGUAUCAACAGGGAUGCUCUGUUACUGAGGACCAAGCCAGAGGACAUGGUGGCUCUGCUUCACACCAACCUGCUGGGCACCAUACUGACCUGCAGGGCAGCACUGCGCAGCAUGCUGCACAGUCAGGGAGCAGCCAUUGUCAAUAUAGGCUCUGUUGUGGGCCUGAAAGGCAAUGCUGGACAGUGUGUGUACAGUGCCAGUAAAGCUGGUCUUGAGGGCUUCACACGCUCUUUGGCUAAAGAAGUUGCUUCACGAAAUAUCAGGGUCAACCUACUGGCUCCAGGUUUCAUCCACACAAACAUGACUGCAGAACUGAUGGAGGAAGACGGGGUGCGGUCUGUUCCACUGGGGAGAUUUGGCGAGCCAGAGGAGGUAGCCCAGGCAGUCCUCUUCCUUCUGGAGUCGUCUUAUGUUACGGGACAGGUGCUGGUGGUGGACGGAGGGCUGCAGCUGGCCAUGUAGUGAAUGGGACCUUCCUCUGGAUUCACCACUCACAAGAUGAAGCGACUGUGGGUUCUGUGUUACUCAUGACUGAGGUGCAUCUCACUGAUAAAAGGUGAACGUCUGCACUUAACAAGGCUUCAUGGCUGAGUUGAGUGUUGCUUUGUGGCCACAUUAAAUUCAAAUACUUAUCUUAUAAGCUGUAGGAGUGUGAGAUUGUGUGAUUUUUUUUUUUUUUUUUUUUUUAAUUGACAGUGUUUUUGACUGCUGUAAGAGUAUCCAAAAUGUAUGCACAAGUCACAAACAGGCAGUCACCUGCAGGUGUCAGUGGAUCACUGUCCUACUGCUCCCUGUCUUUCUGCUGAGUCACUCUGUCCAGCUACAGUGGUCGGGGCCUGAUGUGUCAUGACUAAUGCUGCUGACUCCAGAGUGUCUGGCAGAAUCCAGACCUCAGUACCCUGAGCUCUUAAAUUUGAUCAGUAGAUUUACUGCUUUUGGUCUUUUUCCAUGACUGUACAGUGCCCUAGUGCUGAUCUUAGCCUUUGUGUUUUGUUCUCCCACCUCCCCGGAGAGACCCCCCUCACGGUCGGCACAUGCUGCCCCAUGUACCAGCGGCCCGCUGAGCUCACCUCUGGAGGGGCCUGUUGAGGGGCCAGGCAUGUUGGGCUGCAGCUGGAGGAAAUUAGAGAUAGCAGUAGAGGUGGGGGAAUAUUUUAAGCUCUGGGAAUGUUUUGAGUGUCUGCUUACAGCUCUGGCCCUGUAGUCCUCAGUGAUGAGAUCUGAAUUGCUGCCUUAUAUCGAAACCUGAUUUUAAAUGAGUAACUUCAGUUGUGCUCUCUGUAUAUGUUCUAUGUGCACUUGUAUCCUCAACCUUUUAUUCUCUGUUUAAAGAUUAGAUGACAUGAGACCCUGGUAUUUCCACUGUGAUUGAUGAUGUGUUUUUUGGCAUUCUCUUAUUGUUUUAGAAAGAACCUGCCCAUCUAUAAAAACAUCUUGCACUGUC